AUGAAUCUUCAAUCUGUUUUUGCUGCUUCUGUUUGCUGCUUCAUGAAUCUUCAAUCUGUUUUUGCUGUUUCUGUUUGCUGCUUCAUGAAUCUAUUUUUCAAUCCAGUUUUGUUGUUUCUAUUCUGUCGCAACAGAUUUUUUUGCAUUAAAUUGUUUGCUGAGGUUAUUGAGUGGGUUGGGUCUAAUAACAUUGUGCAUGUGGUUACUAAUAAUGCUGCGAAUUAUCUAUCUACUGGAAAACUCAUUCAUGAAAAGUAUCCAAACAUUUUUUGGUCUCCUUGUGCUGCUCAUUGCAUCAAUCUUAUCUUGAAAGACAUAGCAAGUCUUCCUCACAUAGCUGACCUUGCCUCUCGUGCUUCAAAAGUGACUGUGUUUGUUUACAAUCAUAUGAUUUUCUUGUUAUGGCUUAGAAAAAGAAAAGAGUGGAAAGAAAUUGUUCGACCAGGAGUAACACGUUUUGCUACUGUUUUCAUUACUUUGAAAAGUAUAUAUGAUCAUAAAGAAGACUUGCAAUCAUUGGUGAUUGACAAAUAUUUCACUUCUCAUAAAUUAUCCAAGAGUGUCAAUGGGAAGAUGGUUAGUUCAAUUAUCUUGGAUAGUAAGUUUUGGGAGGAUUGUUUUACUACUGUUAUGCUUGUUGGUCCUCUAAUUAAGUUAUUGAGGCUUGUUGAUGCUGAUGAGAAACCUUCUCUGGGUAUUGUGUAUGCGGGCAUGCAAAGAGCCAAAAUUAAUAUCAAGACAAUGUUUAGAAAUAGGAAAUCUGCAUACACACCUUAUACAAGUAUCUUGAAAAUGUGGUGGGAUAAGCAUUUGAAGCGUUACCUCCAUGCAGCAGCAUACUUUUUGAAUCUAGAUUACUUCUAUAGUGAGGGGUUUGUUGAGAAGGAAAAUAUCUUGAGGUCUUUGCUUGAUUUAUUUGAUAUUGAAACUCUUUGUGAUAACUCGGUUGCCGCAAUGCAAGAGAUACAGUUGUAUCGAGAUCAAAAAGGAAGUUUUGGAAGGAAAAGUGCAUUGAAAGCAAUUAAGAGACUUGAACCUGGUGAAUGGUAG